AUUGAAACAUAUGGUUUCACUCAAUGUUAUUGUUAUUGCUUAUAAGUAGAUGAGAUGAUCAAUUCAUGUGCAAUGCCUAGAACAAGAUGUUUUCCCUACUAUUACGCUGUAGGUAUGUGUACAAGUCACACCUUGUAUUAAUGUUAGUACGGAGUCUUUAUCAAUACCUUCUAGAAGAGUAAGAACUGGGACCGUUCUAAGGUCGGCUUCCCCGCCUUGGUUGUGUUUCAACGGUUUCAAGGAGAAUGGAACAACCUACCUAAGUGGCAGCCUAGGUAGUCAGCCCUAUUACGUCAACUAUCCAACGGCGUCUUUAUGAAAUCCCUUACCUACGUAUAGUUCAGCUCAGUUCAAUAAACUUGUAAAAAUAUCCUAUCAACCAACGAUUACAAUACCAUCAAGAUGACGCCACACGAAGGCCUGGUCCAUCUAAAGGAGUACGAUUGGAGAGACAGCAAUGUCGAAAAUAUAGGAACGAAACUUGAUCACAAGGUUAAAUACACUUCAGCAGCUACAGAACCUGCGUGGCAAGAAGUCGGCCAUGCUGCUGGCCUUCACGUCUGGCGAAUCGAGGAUUUCGAGGUAGUCCCGUGGCCCAAAGACCGGUAUGGUGACUUUCACGAGGGGGAUAGUUACAUCGUUUUGUAUUCGUAUAAAGUGGGAAGCAGGAAUGGCGAGCAAAACCUCUCCCACGACAUCUUCUUCUGGCUCGGAAGCAAGACAUCGCAGGACGAAGCAGGCACGGCCGCUUAUAAAACGGUUGAACUCGAUGAAUUCUUGCAUGGUGUCGCAACACAGCAUCGAGAACUCCAGAAGGAGCCUUCCGAUGAUUUCGUCGCUUUAUUCUCUCGCAUCCGGAUCCUAUCUGGCGGCGUCCGCUCUGGCUUUACACAUGUCGAAACGGAGGAACCAAAGGAUACCCAGAUGCUGCUUAGGGUCUUCAAGCAUCCGUCCGCCAAACGGGCAGACUCCGUCAUGGUCUACGAGGUUGAACCGACCUGGCAAAGUCUCGACGAGAACGACGUGUUCGUGCUGGAGCGCGGGGACAAGAUCUGGGUCUGGCAGGGCAAGAAUUGCAGCCCAAUGGAAAGAGCAAAGGCGGCCCAAGUUGUUCACGAUAUGACCAUUGCAAAGCACAUCGACGUCGAAGUUCUAGCGCAGGAAGAAGCGAGGUCUCGAACUGUUCUUGCUAUGCUAGGUGGCGAAGACGUCGGGGGUUCUCAUUCUCUUAAAGCACCUCGACCGAUUAUCUCGUCUGGGGGUCAAAACACAGGCCGUCGCCCUCGUAGGCUUUUCCGCUUGUCGGAUGCCUCUGGUCAGCUGAGAUUUGACAUUGUCAAAGAAGGCACUGGGAUUAACAACGCGGAUUUAGAUAGUAAUGAUGUCUUCCUUCUCGAUACGGGUAAUACCAUCUGGGUUUGGCAAGGUUCACGGGCGAGCAAGACAGAAAAGGCCAUGUGGAUUAAGAUAGCUGAAUUGUAUAUUCGGCGACUUGGAGAGGAGGAUGACAAGGCAUACCUAAGCCCAAUAUCCAAAGUAGUUGAGGGCAACGAAAGCCAAGCAUUUAUCAAGGCUCUUGAGGCGUAACGGAGGCUUACUUUAUUCUCUACUCUCUAUUCCUAUCUUGCGUGCCAAGAUUUGACAUGAAUCACUAUUAGGUAUUUGUCUAGAUAGCUGAAUUGGUUCCUUACGAACACUAUAUUUUUUUUGA